CCGCCCCACCUUGCCCACUUCCGGUAAAGACGAGAUCCGACGUCGUCGCUACGCGCGCCGUGAAGAUGUCGCCCUCGUCGUCGACGCGGUCUCUCCUCCUCCUCGUCGUGGCCGCCGCAUUUCAAACCGCCGUGCGCUGCGAGGCCAGACCGAACCUCGUGCUAAUCCUCACCGACGACCAGGAUGUCUCGCUGGGCGGAAUGACACCGCUGAGCAAGACACAGAAGCUUAUUGGAGAUGCAGGCUUCACGUUCACCAACAUGUUUGUGUCGAGCCCACUGUGCUGCCCCAGCCGCAGCAGCCUGCUGACGGGCAAGUACCCGCACAACCACGGCGUCACCAACAACUCCCUGCAGGGCAACUGCAGCGGAGCAACGUGGCAGAAGCGCGAGGAGCCGUAUGCCCUGCCCAUGCGCCUGCGCACCGCUGGGUACCAGACUUUCUUCGCUGGGAAGUACCUGAACCAGUACGGAUCUGCUGAAGUGGGUGGCCCCUCGUACGUGCCCCCAGGCUGGGAUGAUUGGCUGGGCUUGGUGAAGAAUUCCAAGUACUAUAACUACACCGUGUCUAACAAUGGCAAGGAAGAAUUCCAUGGGCAGAACUACACGAUGGACUAUUUAACGGACUUAAUAACGAACAGAUCGGUGGAGUUCCUGGAGGACCGGUGGCGCGUGAGUCCCUUCUUCAUGAUGAUCUCUCCGCCCGCCCCCCAUGAGCCGUGGGACGUGGCGCCGCAGUACGCCAACAGCUUCCCCGACACGCGGGCACCACGCACCAAAAGCUUCAACGUGCACGGCAAGAAUAAGCAUUGGUUGAUACGUCAGGCGCGCACUCCAAUGGCGAACACAUCGAUCGCGUACCUGGACAAGGUCUUCAGAAAGAGGUGGCAGACUCUGCUGUCUGUUGAUGACCUCGUGGAGAAAGUGGUCAAGAAGCUGGAGGAAACUGGAGACCUGAAAAACACUUACAUUCUGUUCACGUCCGACAACGGCUAUCACACAGGCCAGUUCUCGCUACCCGUCGAGAAGUCCCAGCUGUACGAGUUCGACAUCCGGGUUCCGCUGCUGCUCAGAGGGCCCGGUGUCGCGGCCAACCAGAAGUGCUCGAAACUGGUGGCGAACGUGGACAUAGCCCCCACCCUGCUGGAGCUGGCAGGCCUCGACGUGUCCAAGACCGACAUUGACGGGAUGUCCCUCCUGCCGCUACUGAACGAGACGAGCAAGGCACCGUGGAGGACCGAUGUGCUCGUUGAAUACCAGGGCCAGGGGGCCCACAGCGACCCCCACUGUCCCAACUUGGGCCCAGGCGUUUUUCACUGCUUCCCAGACUGCGUGUGCGAGGACUCGAUCAACAACACGUAUGCGUGCGUGCGCACCCUCUCCGAUACUGCCAACCUGCAGUACUGCGAGUUUGCCGACACAGAGGAGUUUGUCGAAGUCUACAACGUGACCAGUGACCCGGAUCAGCUGACCAACAUCGCCAAGAACGUCGACCCCUCGGUGCUCGUGCGCAUGAACCAGCGGCUCAUCAUGCUUCAGUCGUGCCACGGCCCCAGUUGCCGCACGCCCGGGGCGCUGGACCUGGGUUUCAAGUUCGACCCAGCAGCCAUUUUUCCAGGGAAACCUUUCGCCCAGAGAGCACGGUUCCUUCGCUGACGGCGUCGCCACUUCCACCUUCACGCCUCCUCUCCGACACGAGUGGUCCACUCAACGUUGUCCUAAAUAUUCCCCAGUCCAUGCUAAGCUGGGGGAAUGCCUACUGUGUGGUCUCAAAGGGCCCACACGAAUGCACAGGUGUGAAUGCCGAUUGUUUGGUUGGUGUGUGUGUGCCCGUUUUUUAUAUUCACAUGUUUACUUUUAACUGUGCCCCAUGUGCCAGUACCACACAUGGUUCCCCAUAUCUCACCCAGCCAAUCACUGGCAUAAGUCAAUUGGAAGCCCUGUGAUAUAUAGUUAUAGUUCAACCAAAAUGGUCCAGAUUGCAUUGUGGCAGGCAUGUCUACACACUUCAUCAGGCUUGGGCUUAGUCAGCAGUUGGUUGGGUGACAACGAAGACAAUGUCAUGUCACAAGUGGUAUUAGAUGCUCUCUGUUACAAGUUAUUAUUUCUGCAGUACUAGAAGACACUGCCAAAAGAAGUAUUAGCCCCGAUAUAAGGUGUUAAUUUAUAAAUGAUUUCUAACCUCUGGAUGUUAAACAUUCUGUGUUUCACACAGUGGCUACAUUAUGAGGCACGAUUCACUCCUGUAGUGAAUCGAUCAGUUUUCAAAAUUUUGGGGCCGCAAUUUGAUUCAAUAUAUUUUUGUCUUCUCUCAUUUACCGUCUUGUUUGUAUUGUUGCUUUUUCUGCCUCUCGUUUGUACAGUUUUUGUUCACUCAAUUAGCCUCAACGUAACAUGAGCAUAUCAUUUGCAUGCAUCAAAAUAGUUGGUUCUUACACUCACAACGCAUGCAUUGUGAGUGUAAGAUUCGCUUUACACCCUUGAAUCAAUGCGUCGUUACACGUUUCGGGCUCUCCAUACAAUGGGUCGAGGUCAAGAGCUCGCCCUGGCCAGCGAUGUCGAUGCUGCCACCACCACAUCUGGCAACGGCUUCUUGCUGUGAGACUCUUCAGCUGUUGCACAGUCGCCACCCGAACCUUUGAGGUCUCCUCUAGUCGGCUCCUAGUGUCUGGGUGUGUCUGCAUCUUGCUGCUCUCCUAUGUCGGCCUCUGCUCUUGUACCCGUGUCACCUGCCCUCAUCCGUCUUGCACAUUUGGCCGCGAACUGCAACAUCCUGGCAUCCAUAGUUAGCACCACAUUGGAAAUAUCCUCUCUGACUUGGCAGCCUGGAGGAGACAACCAAUAGACUUGAGCUCCCCACUCACCACUCCAUGUGGACAGGUUGAUACGACCCCAACUGACUUAAAUUUUACAGGAAAAAGUACGUAUUAUUAGAGUAUAACAAUAAAAGAUAAAUUUGGCACAUAACAUAUAAAAUGUACUAAGGGGUUAUUCAAUAUAAAAAUGACACUGCUCAUAGAAGGUGAGUCUUUUGAUUUAAAGCUUUCGUCUUGGUUCUUUCGGUAAGUUAUGUAGAAGGGAAACAAUAAAAUAAUAAAAAUAUUUGUAUUAUUUAAUUGUAGAAGGGAAAUAAUAAAAAUAUUUUUAUUUUAUUGUUUCCCUUCUACGUGACUACCGAAAGAACCAAGAAUAGAAGGUGAGUCGUCAAGCGCUCCGUUCUUUUGUGUUAACCCAAGCCAAGGGGUACGAUCCCCUGGUCUACAGCACCUUCACGUAAGUGAUGCAGACUCAUGACGACCAUCUGCAGCAUCGAAAUCCCACCUACUGCCCCCCCCCCCCCCCCAUUGCAAAUGGUGGUGCUGCUUAUGCUAGAAAUAAUUUGCAUGAUUCUAUAUUCAAAGUCCAUACUUUACACUUUUAUAAAAGCCCACUUGGAUUACCUCCGUUGAGACAGGUGGCUUGCUAAAGAACUGAGAGUGAAGUUAAGCGCAUAACGUGUUAACUAGCCCCUUCCAGGAACUUGUGAAGGCACUCGGGCAGUGAAUUGUGUAUUCACGUAUGGAGGAAGGAACACCAAUCUCUCAAGCUCCAAACAAAACCUUGCCUUUCCUGGCUUCAAACAACUUCCCUAUUACGCAUCUCAGCUGUCUGUUCACAUGAGCGAUAAGAUGGCAUUCCUCCAUUAGUUGCCCUGAGCGAGUGUGGUGGAAAUUCCACAUUCACUUGCGAUGUUUAGUCUCCACUGCAGCACAGGGUUCUCAUUUUCUUAAAUUGGAGAGGCGUUCGCAUUGUCCACCGCCAACCAAGAUUUUAAUUCACAACCUCCUGGUUGUGAACGGAGUGUGGUGUGAGUAUAUCGCCACCCAGCCGCAUGUAUGAAUGACAACAAGCGACGUGUUACUUGCUAUUUCGCAUAAAGAUUUAUGAGUUCUGACAAUCUGUGAUGUGCUAGUGCUUGGCAAGUAAGAAAAUACGUUUGCUCACAUGAAGGGAAUGUUCUUUGCCUAACGAAACCUUCGACUAUAAUAUUUGCCAAUUUUGUACCCCUGUGAAUUCACAGACUAAUCAACACGUAGCGACGUUGAUAUGCUCGGCUAAGAGUAUUCUAGUCAUGUUCAUGUGGACAGCGUUUUAGCCACUUGAUACCAAGCUUCAAAGACAGACUGGAGACUGCUCAGUCUGAGUGAGAUUGAAGCGGGACUCGAACCGAGGCUUGAGCGUAAGCUGUGCCUCCACUCAGUCCACUGCACUGCUGUAGUUUACAUAUCCUGUGUGUAGUUCGUGUGCUCCGCUAGGUGACGUGGCAGGAUUACCACAAUUCAAGUUGAGAUUCUGAGCUUGGACUAGAGAAAUACAAUAAUAGCUCGACCUAUACCAAGUAAACCGGUCCACCUGUGCCAUCGACUGACAUGUUAUCCAAACGCUUAAGCAACGCACCAUCCAAUCUGCAUUGGGAGUGUUUGCGUGGCGGGGAGCCAGUGGUGGAGGUGUUCCACGAUGUUCUAAACGGGAUCGGUCUCUCCACCCGAACACCACGGAUGACUUGCCAGGAGUGACGCUCUCGUUUUAUUUUAUAACCAAAAACCGAAAGAACAUCAAGUUGAUCAUUGAUCGUCGUGCAUAUUGAUUUUAGUUUAACUAUUUCCACCGAUUCUUUAAAAAUGACCUUAAUCUGCACUAUUGCUCGUCGCCUAGUGUGAAUGCAUCCUAAUCUGUGUGCACGAUAUGCCUAGUGUGUGCGGGUUUGUUGCGUUUGCCUAGCAAGAGUUAGCCAGACAUGAUUCCCCGUGAAUGCCCUUCCAUUGGGUUCCUUCCAGCUGCCCCCCCCCCUGUCAAAAUGGAACAGUCCGAACGUGGGCUUAUAAAAUGAAAAAAUAAAUGCAGCACUAUCUUCUUGUGGUACCACAAUAGUUUUAAAGUUUCGUUAAUUUAAUCAAGCUGUGUGCUGUACUACUCGCAACUACAUAGUGGCAAUUGUAGCUUUGAAAAUUGUGGUUUUGAAAACGUCUGGUGCAGUGUCACCUGAAUGUGACCGCAGCAUCGAAACAUCCCUGAGAUGAAACAGGCAACAAAUCGCUCAACAGAAGGCAAACCAUUCCAUCAAGAGGGGUGAGUGUAGUCAUUUUGGCACCUGUUUGGUUGUGGCUGUUGACACGGUGUUGGAUUCCCAUAUUUAGAGAAUUCCAAUUUCUGCCUGGGCAGGGACAAACGUGGAGUGACCAAAAAUGAAGCGACCGAGGGAAUGGCUGCGAACGUUGGCCCAGACCUCUUGCGUCGCGCGAGCCCCCUGUGCACACCGGAACGUUACUUUGUAAACUAAAGCAUCGUGGAGCAACGUGCGGGAGGUGGCACCAACCGUGUGGGGUGGAGUCCCCAAUCCAACUCUGUCCUUCAACUAACUCUGAGAUCAGUCUGCCCACCUCCCACUCGCCCGAAUCGCACCGCUUGCACCAAUGGCUUUGUGUUUUUCUAUUUGGUUUGGUCGCUGUUUAGUUUGCGUGGACAGAGCUGCAGUGUUGCAAUCUUUCAGGCUUCUACCGUGGCUAAGCUAUUCCCAGGAGCGUCUCUUCUCGACAUCGCGAUGGAGCUGCUGUUCACUGUGGGGCCCAUGCUGCUGAAAUCUGGGUUAGUCGGAUUUGGUGGGAGUUGACGUCUUCUUACUGCAUUGGCCAAUACUGAAAUGUUCACAAAUAUUUUGUGCGUGUUUUCUAGGUUAUUUAAAUCGUAUACUUCAUGUUGAUUUAUUUAGCAUUGACCCAUUUUAUUCUGCAAAUGCUUAGUUGAAAUAAAGUUUGCGUUAAUUUAAAGAUAAUUCUUUGUUUAAGUUAUGAGUAACUUUUAAAAGCUGUUACUAAAACUGCUAAGAAUGUUAGCAGAAGUGUUAUUUUAAACGGGUUAACACCAAAAACCUUGUACGAGUCUCGUCAUGUAAACAGACCAUUGUCAUCAUAGCGUAAUGGUACAGUACUUACAAACAGCCAGAGAGCACGCGUUUCCACGAUUAUUGACCAAUGUAUCCUCUUUGUAAAGGUGAUUUAGCCACCUUAAAGAUGUGCCGUUGCAGCAGGUACAAUGCAACAUUUCUGCUAUCGGACCAUUGUUAAUUGACGGCGUCUUUGAGAGGUUCGUUGGAUCGAGGAGUGUUGCUCCACCACGCAUGUUACGCUCGCGUGAACCGGCCCACCACCACCACCCCGUGAACACCGAUUGAAAUUUCCUUUGAAAUGUCAUUAAAAAGUAAGUUAACUUGAA